ACGGUAAUCCUGACAGCGGAUCAGGGUGUCAGCUGAUCCUCCUUUGCUGGCGAGUGAGGAGGAGAAUCAGCUGAAGGAAAACACUGCUGGAUACUUAUAACCAUGGCUGCGGAGAUACACUCGAGGCCCCAGACCGCCAGACCGAUUCUUUUGAACAAGAUUGAGGGACACACAGACGCUGUGAAUGCAGCCGUUUUGAUACCGAAAGAAGAUGGAGUGAUUACCGUCAGCGAGGACAGGUGAGCUUGCCGAGUGGGCUAAAGGUAAUAUCUGGGAGUAGCUUUCGGGCUCCGUCUAUGUGCUGGCCAUUUCACUAAUAAAACCGCCCGUGUUGGUUUUAAUUGGACAAAAACAACACAGAAUUCACAGUUUUUAAGCCUCAUGGUAACACUUUAUGUUUUAAAUAAUCCACACGGACCCAUGGUUAGCAUAACAAGAGCAAAGUAGAAAAAUAUAUCCAGCAGAAGAGCCCUAAAAAUAUCCAUAAAUAUCUGUAAAAUGCCAACCAGCCGUUACAGUUAACGGUUCGUGACAAUUAGUUUCAUUCACCAGCGUUGUGAUUUAUGACUCAGCCUGUGUGUUUGUUCAGUUUUCAUAGCUGUGUUUGGGUUUGUUUUUUCUUAGCCAGAUAGCUAAUGCUAACAGUAAACAUUAGUUUCUCAAACAGUAACAGCUCCACGUCCUCUGGUGUGAUGUUUAGCCGCUGCAGGUGCUCUCAAUGAAACGCUUUUAAAUGUAGGGGAGACUGGGAACGGCUGCAACACUCUCAGAAAUUUCUUGGUUUGACUCAGGCUCAGCAAACAAAUAUGAUUUAGCUAAAUGUAAGCCUUAUUCUCAUUAUGGAGGCUUAAAGCAGACAUGUAUCCAUACAUUUGUUUACCCUGUUUUCUUCCAAUAACCAUUUAACUGUACUAUAUUUCCUCACUUUUAUUUGGAGAGUUGUAUUAGCACAGAACAAACAGACAUGGGUUCAACUUACAUCAUAAGUGUGAGCAAUGGGAGCAUAAGAUGUCAUGGACAGCCUUAUCACAGUGAUUAGUGUGUUGGUUUAUUAUCUCUGCUUUCCAAAACUAAACUCUGUUUACCUCAAGAUGGGAGUUCAAAACCCAUAGAAAAAAAAGUACCUUUUCAAAAAUAUAUGCACAUGUGCUAGAUUGGGAUCCUGAAAAUAACUAAAAUUGACUCACAGUCACAGGAAGACCAACACUGUUAUCUCAAGGGAAAUAAAGAAGUUGGGGUCUAAAGGGUAAUAAAGAAAGCAAGAUUUCCAAAAACAAAUGCUUAUUACAGUACACUAGAGCAAACCACAUGUAUGGAUGCAUGUCUGUUUCAGCCUAGCAUAGAGAAUCAACCAUUCCACUUUUGUAAUACAACAUAUUGUUCAUAGCAUGAUUUUCCAACAGACCCAGACUCCAGGUUAGCUGUGGUUCAUAAAUGGUUCCAAUUGACAUGAACUGAACACUUUCAUUUGCAGUAAAAACUGAACUUAAGGGUGUUUGUUGGUAUUCAAAUGACAUUGUCUUCUGACUCAACCAGUUCUUGUAACAAUACAAAAGUCUAAACCAUGCUGAAGUUAGUAUCUGCUGUCUUCGAUUUGGUUAAUGUCUCUUGAACUGUGCGGUAUGUUCUAUCUGUAUUUUCUUGUCAUUACUUUGUGUCUUCCUAUCUCUGCUAUGCAAUUUGGCAUGUCUCACCACCUUUCCUCUCAAUAUAAAGAGUCAGUAAGUGUUGUUAAGGGUUUUCGACCAAUCAGAAUUAGGUAUUUAAUACAGCUGAGUGACGAUAUUCAAUCAGCAUGUUGGGGACUCUUUUCUCUCAAGAUUUUGACAUAUCAGCCCUUGUUGAAACCCUCCCCGGUCUCCCCUAUUUAUUUUUUUUAUUACCAAAAGCAGGCAAUUUGCGUUUGUGAGUGCAUUAGGUUAUUUAUGGUAUUUGUAAGUUGCUAAAUAGUUUGUUUCAUAAUUGUAUUAUUGUGGUUAAGAAGGAUUAUCAAUAACUUUGGUACAAUAUUUACAGCAUGAAGUGAAGCCAGUGAAACUUCUCAUUGUGUGACAGACACUUUCAGUACAGCAUUAUAUGUAUAACCUCAGCCAUGAAGAGGGAGAAGUGGUCGCAAUAGUCCCAAACAUUAACUGAGUUUUGCUUCAAUGAAGUGAAACUCAAGCUAACAUUCGUGAUUCAGAAGUUCAACAAACCAAAUUGUCACAUGAAGAAAGAGGAGAUUAGUUUGUGUGAAGAUGUUACACAGUUUCCAUCACGUAUCUAACCCACUUUCAUGUUUGAAAAGGAAGUUUAGGGCUGCUUUUGGUAUUUUUAAUGAGGUCAUUUUGCAGAAAUUUACAGGAAAAGAAGUAAAACUGAAAGCUGACUCCUUUAAAAACAGGCCAAAGGAAGCUUAUUUUUUAAUGCAAUUGAACUGAAACCUAUUGUGGUUUCCGAGAAGUAAAUGUGGUCCUUUCAAAGGAGACUUGUGCUGUUUGUUGUAAUUAAACUGUAAUGGUUAUUGAUUCAAAGAAAAAGAUCAGAUUAAAUUAAGAAAUGCUUCAUACUUUUGACAACAAAGUGUUCAACGUUGGUAAGGUCCAAAGGUUCAGAUGAGGAGUGGUUGAGUUGAUAAAAAGUGACCUAGAAAAAGAGUCAUAUCAAACAGUCUAUUAUUAAAUUGUCAUAGGAACACUUGAAGCUCUGUCCUGUGAUCUGAAUCAAGCAUUGUGUGUAAACAGAACCAGGGAUCGCUUCCAAGACAAGGACUAAGCCAAGUCCUAAAUGAGGGCCGUCUCUACUGGUUAUUUCCAGCAGUCAGAGCCAAGUUUCAUUUUAAUAAAAGAAGGAAAAAUGAGUCCAAGUGCAGAGGGAGAUUCUUAACAGGAAGUAAAAGAUAAGACCACAUUUACCUUUUUGUGUCUCAGAGUUAAUCUCCAUCAUCAGAGAUAGACCACUGAGUGAGCUUUGAGAGACACUGAGCUGUGCUUUCUUUUUCUUCAAGGACAAUUCGGGUUUGGCUGAAGAGGGACAGCGGUCAGUACUGGCCCAGUAUCUACCACACAGUGUCCUGUGAGUCACACUACAGUUAUUCAAUCAAAAUGAUUUAUGAGUAGCGAUGUUCUGAUGCAGUCAUGUCCUUUUCCAUCUUUGUCUCUGAUACCAGCUCUGUGGAAAAAAGGCUGAAAAUAUUAACAUUCUGAACUCUGUGUGACUGUGUGAGUGUGAUAGCUGUUGUUGUGUGCGUGUAUGUAAAUUAUUACCUUUAAACAGGAUAAGCUUACAUUAGAGGAAGCUUGACUCUCGGUCUCUCUACAUCUCUUCAGAGGGAAGAGAAACACUGUUUACUUUUUGCUGUUCUUCCUUUUUUAGUAAAAGAAUUUAAUAAACAAACUCCUGCACGCUCACAGAAAUACAUCCGCAGGAACAAUGUUUUGGCAUUUGACCCUCAUCAGACAUUUUUGUUUUGGUGAGCUGAAGUACUAGUUGUUGUAGUAUUUUUACAGGAAAGAAAGUGUGCAUAGGUUCGUGGAAAUAUUUUUAUUAACUUGUUUAUUUCCGCAAAGCAACAACUGAUAAGACGUGCAUAUUUUUCUAUUUAUUACUGGAACUUGAGGUAAGAAAUACUGCCCCACAACCACCAUUCCUGUGUAAAAUGUUGAUGGAAACAGAUUUAGAUGAUAUGCAAAUCAUUUCAGUGCUAAAUGUAAUCAGAAAAACUAACCUCUAAAAACAUGCUUUAGCAUUAGAACGAUGCAGUAUUAUAGUCUAAAACAAAUGCAAUAAAUGUUCUGCUCCAAAUUGAAGAAGAGGACACAAAAAGCUGUAACAGCUGCUUUGGCAACAACAAUGCAAACCAAGCAGCAAAAAUUCAGGACAAAAAUAAAAACCGUAGAAAACAGCUGCUGAAGAGAGACUGCUUAUCUCCAGGUGCACAUCUCCUUGGAAGUACUCUGGACUUUUAGGGGUGUAGUGUUGACCGACUUCUACUCUCUGCUGAUAGCACACAUAAUGACCUGCUAUCAGUUCUUCUGUGCUGGUUAUAAACAGCAGCCAUAGUUUUCUGUACGUCUUCAGUGGUUUGUCUUUGGCUGUAUGAACAUGUUUUAUUGUGGAUUUAAGGAAAUAUAUAUGCAUCUGUAUAUGAAUCUACUUUUCAAGUGUGUGUGUGUGUAUUUCUAUAUAGAUGUGUGUAUAUGCAUAUGUAUAGAUAGAUAGAUAGAUAGAUAGAUAGAUAGAUAGAUAGAUGUUUUAAGUGUUAUUCCUUCAAAGCUUCUUUUGUACUUACUUACCUUUACCAUCCCCCAUAUUAAUCUUUUUAUAAUUUCCUUAUGACUUUAAUCUUCUUUUUGUCCAAGUCAUGCUUUAUUAUUUUAUUACCUUAUUUAGUUCCUCUAUUUUGGUUGUGUUAUUAUCCCAUCUUGAUUUUUAACACUCAUUCUGUCACCAGUGUUUCCUCAUUUCUGUGCUGUGACACAGUUUCCUCAGUUCCUCAGCUUCUCUUUACCUUGUAUAUUAGUGGGGAGGUGGGGGGUCAUGGAGGGGACUGGGACAGGGGAGAUGGUCUCCAUGUACUGAUCACCUUUUUUAAUGUUAUCAUUACUAUUAUAACUUAAUUACAGCUAUUUGUGUUCCAUUAUUGUCGUGUGAAAAGUGCGUAAGUUCAAAUACAACCUGAUCAAUAGAUGAAUGGAUUGAUGUAUUAGCAAACAUCAUUCUCCGGCUGGUAUCAGAAUUUUCAUUUCUUUCAAUAUUUGAAAGUCUUGUUUGUGUUCGUAUGAGUUCAGCUGUUUAAAGACCUACACAUGAAUAUUAACUUCCUCCUCAUUGCAAACUUCUUCUUCUGCAGCUCCAUGUUCUUGCAUGUCUUACCAUCAUGACAGCAGACGGAUCUUCAUCGGCCAGGACAACGGAGCGGUUGUGGUGAGUGAUGCCACAUGAAACAAAUAGCUCUCCCUCUUUUGGUUGUUCAAACACAUUAAAGUUAAAAAAACAAUCCUGCUGGUCUGGUUUUUGUAGGCUACAGUUUCAAUGUUUAGACUCCUUUUAAAUGCCUCUGAGGGUAGGAUGGUUGUUUGACCUGAGCCUUCUGUUUUUUUGUUUACUCACCCUUCAGGAGUUUCUCAUCUCUGAAGAUUUCAACAAGAUGAACCACGUCAAAACAUAUCCAGGUGACAGAAUGAAAUCCAGUUGCAUAUACACACCUGCUAGCAGAGCCCUUAACACUGUGACUCCUUUGUGCGUUCGUUAUAAACUGAUUUGACUUAGUAAUAGUAGUGAUAGUAAUUCUGUUGUAUAGAAAUACAUUAUUUUGUCAUUCAUCAUUGUCAAGGAAAUAUCGUCAACCUCUCCACCUUUGUUUUAAGAAAACUAGAUGUCUGAAUUGCCAUUAAGACGUUGUGACAUGUACUUCCUGAUGAAUAAUGAAAAUCAUUUUUGAUUACAAGCUGAGCACACUUCCCCCAUCCGUGAUCAGCAUAUAUUUAACCUCCUCAGCAGAAAAAAAAAGAAAAGAAAUUAAUCUUUGAGAGGAAACAGUCAGCCUGUUGCUCCAGAGUCAAACACCACAUGUUGCCACUGGAAUGCUCCAUCUGGUUUCGAGCUUGUAUCAAAUUUAAGCCUGAACAGCAAAACCAUGACUCGCAAACAGAUCAGACAUUAGGAUGUGUGUAUGUGUGUGUGUGUGAGCACUUAAGAAAUACACACACAGGAUUUAAUAUCUCCAAUAUGCUGUCAGCAUUACUUUGUUCAGAGCUGCAGAACAAGAAAUGAUUUUUUUUCUUAUCAACUCUUUGGCUUGUGAGGAGAAAAAAACCACACGUGUUCAGUCAGAUUGAAGUGUGGUUUAAUAGAAAGAUAAAGUAACUGUUUUCUGUCUGAUCUCCAUCACUUACCCAGCAGGUACAUCUUUCUCUGUUAUGGCACAAGGACAGUGGUUGAGUUAAACUGCCUAAUUGAGGAUUGCCUAAUUGUAACCCAACUUAACUGUGCACAUUAAACUGCACAUCAAGUGUAAGAAGAAACAGUUCACUGCAGGUCACCAAAACAUGCUUGGUUCAUGUUUCCCACUGCAAAACCUCACAGUGAGUUCGAGUUAUUUGAAACAGGUCUUCCUCAGGUGUGACGCUUGGCUCUGCUGACAGCUGUCUCAAAAUGUAGAGGUUUAAGCCAGGAUUUACUCUGCACUGAUGAUCAUCAAAGUUUGGGUUAUUAGUUAAAUCAACAGAUGAAGCUGUUGGUCUGAGUUUGAAGUGUGUCACAAAGUGUUAAACCUGCUUUUUCUGCUCUGUGUUAAACGACAGUCCUUGAUCAUAUAAACAGUUUUGACCUUAGAGUCCUGCUCCAGAUGGACAGUAAAGACCGAUGAGUCUAAAUCAUCCGGAGGGAUCCGUCUGUGUAAGACUGAAUUACAGUGACACUAAGCAGAGCCUCUGAUCAGCUCACAGAAGAGGGAAAUUAGUCCUCAAUGGUCUUUGCUUCAUAGCAGCUCAGACACAAAAGCCCAGGAGAGGAGAUUUAAUCCUGUUUGAUGUUUUGUUGUCUGAUCAACCUUCUGUGCGUGUUUGUGUGUGUGCUUUGCAGCUCACCAGAACCGGGUGUCAGAUAUGGUGUUCUCCCUGGAAAGUGAGUGGGUGGUGAGCACUGGCCAUGACAAGAGUGUUAGCUGGAUGUGCACUCAGAGCGGCAGCAUGCUGGGGAGGCACUACUUCACCGCCUGGGCCUCCUGCCUACAGUAUCCUUCACUCGCUCACGGUAGAGCGGGCAUGUCCCAAGUCCUUUGAGAGGUCCUUUGAGACAGUUGUCAGCUUGCAUCUUGAACUGUACUUUUUAUGGCACAGAAAUUAAACCCAUCCUGAAUUGUGUGUAGAUUUGCAUUUGAUUUCAAGUGAAUGCACAAAACAAAAGAAAGUCCAGUAAUUUUCUUCAAAACUACACACAGUCUGAAAAGGUUGAAUGAUUAAUUUCAGGUAAUCAAUCCGGGAGGCUGAAAACAACUGGCCCCCAGACUGUUUUUACGCUAAUACCAGCUUUUUUGGGACAUUUUCUGGACAGGAACAUUUAUUCACCAUUUCUCUGCAACUUUUGUUCAAAUUCAGUCACAUUCGUAACAUUAGGGUUGUCAAAAUUUACCCCCUUUUGAUAGCAGUUGCAUUCAAAUGAUGUAGUCUCUAUUAUUUUUAUGUUUGAUUGUAUAAAAAAAGCACUUGCUCAUGAAAAGUUAGAUCUUCAGUCAUCCAACCAACAAAAGGAGGGGGAGCAUCCGUGGUCACUUGACAUAGAGGUUGAGUAAAGCAAGAGAGAGUGCUGAUAAAGCAGACAAUAAGGGGUUGUUGUCUGAGUGUUUCACAGCAGGUACGCUCUUAAAAAUACUUGUUAGCGCUCAGACAUCUCUGCAUAACCACACAGGAAGGUGCCGGCUUUUGUUUCUUUUAGUUACAGCCUUGACCCCCUGCUCAGAUACGACCACGAGACGCAGCACGCCUUCGUCGGCGAUUACUCAGGACAGAUCACGCUGCUAAAACUGGAGAAGCAGACGUACUCAACCAUCACUACACUGAAGGGUCAUGAAGGUAAACACACACACACACACACACACACACACACACACACAACUGCAACUGUUUCUCACUCCCGUGUGCUAUGGAGCAAGAUUCAGGAAGUGAGGCAACUUUAUUCUUUUUUUAAUCAUGACUUUGGUUCAGUCUUUACUUGAAUACUUUAAUGACACACAUUUACAUACAUGCGCCCACUGACUAAUUAAUUUCCUCAAUCAAUCCCUGAGCUCCCCAAGUAAACAGAUCAUAAGAGGGGAAGAGCGUAGGAGUGUUUUCAGAGGAGCACAGAUGGGCUUCCUCUAAUAAUUUUUCAUCAGCGGGUUUCUUUGAAAAUUGAACUCUUUGUAUUUGCUGUAGUGAUAAGACAUGAAAGUAAGUCACCUCACUGCUUCCAAUUAGGACUCUGUAUAUUUUUUCAGUCGCUCCAAAGUUUAUAUCAGGCUGCCAGGGCUGCACAGGAAGGGAAAACACCCAGAGAAAAUAUCCUGGAAACACAUCAUUCACUGGAGUACAAAGAAGGGAUUUAAUUCUGCACAUGCCUGCUGUGAUAUGCAAUCAUAUUAUACACUGGGCUUUAUUCUAAGAGUGAGUAAUUUCCCCUUCUGUUGUUAGCCUGAAAUCAGUGUUUAACCCUUUAAGACCUGUCAUAGACACAAAUACUUGACACAACCAUGUAAAAAAGUCAAAGUGACAUUUUAAUGGUAACAGAAAAAAAAGCAGACAGGAAGGUUUUUACUUUACAGUUCAGGAUUUUUGUCUGUACUCUACAAUUCCAAUUCCAAAAGAGUUGAAACACUUGAAGUGAAGUGUGCUACUAGAGUUUUCAUUGAAACCCAGCUUGCUGUUGAUUAUGGUGGCUAUGGCAUUUUAGGAAAUAUCCCAAUCUGAAGAGCGUUUUUAAAAGUUACCAUUUUAGGUCAGCUAAAACGUCAUUUCCAUUAUCACAAGAAAACAAUCUUUGUUAUAUCAAGAUAACGAGAUAAUAAGUUGUUAUCACGAGAUAACAGUGCAUAAAAAGAGAAAAAUCCAUGGCUGUUCUUGUCUUUCUUAAAACAGAAACAUCAAAACACUUAAAAAUGUGUUCAAUGCUUAAGUUUCACUUGCAACAGGUUUGUAACACAACUGGGUUUAAACAAGUAUCUGGAGAUGCUGAGUUUCUAAGAGGGAAAGAUUGGCAUAGGUUCACCACUCAGUCAGAGACUGUGUGAGCCAACAGUUCAGAGGCAGAAAAAUCAUUCCUCAGUGUAAAACUGCCGCAACUUUGUUUUUUAUUUUCAUUUUCAGUCAUUACAAGAUUCAGAGAAUCCAGAGAAAUCCCUGUACUAAAAGGGACAAAGCGGAAAACUGAUAUUGUAAUCCUUGGACCCUCAGCUAAUCCUGCAGGACUCUGUAGUAGAAAUCAUUUCAUGGGCUAAAAACCAUGUCUAGAAAUUAUGGUCGGAGAACAGUUUGUCGCUGUAUCCAUGAAUCCAGGUUUCAACUGGACCAUACAAAGAGGAACCUAAAAACAAACGUGAUGCAGAAACACCCUCCACUCUGAGGAUUCUAUUUGGAAAUCAUGCACAUUACAUCCUCCCUUAAGAGAAGAUGGACCACCCGGCUUGUUAUCAGCACACAGUUCAAAACCAGCAUUCCCAAGCUACCCAUGCCACAAUCUUACAAUACACUCUGGAUGUGUUACACCAGUAUGGCUCUGUAGUAGAGGAGUCCAGAUGCUUAAAAAAAGGGUUUCAGUAUUAAAAAACAAAAACAUUUUUUUCUGUUCUUGUCCCUGAUGCUUUUUUUGCUCUAGAAGUCUACUUAUGCCAAACCCACGCAUGUCCGAGGGAAAAAAGUCCAACUCUGUCUUUAGUGUGAAGAAAAUUUCUCAAUGAAAAAAGAUCCUGGAUUGUUCAAAAAAACAUCAGGCCUCGAUGCAGUCAAGCAAAAUUUCAAAAUGACUGAGGCUGCGUCAGCAACAUGUGAAACUUCUCCCCCACAAAAAUCCCAACAUUUGGUUUAGAUGAAGAUGACGACAGAAAAUACCAAACACACUCACACUGCUCUGGAAACUCCCAUCUAUCCUAACUGGAUUGUAGAUGUGGCAGGAGGUUAAGUCAGUCUAGGGACAGAGAUCAGAAUCUGGUUCUGUAAAGGAUUUGGUUUCACAUUUUUUUAAACCUGGAAAAAACCUCAAGUCAAGUCACCUCAUUCCAACCACAUCACUAUUAUACAUUCAGUUGUCUUGUAGAGUUUUUGAGUGAACUUUCGAUGUUGCAAAAUAAUUUAUUGCAAGCAUUUAUUGCAACCACCAUGACUAAGCACAUCAGCAUCAUGCUUUAAAUCAAACCAACAUGCUGAACCUCCCAAUGAUGGGCCAAACAAACUCUAGCAGCUCCUCCCGCUGCUGCAUUUGAUCAUUUUCAGAAAUGUGGUCAUGAGUUGAAAUGGCAGUGUGAGAUGCUACAGUUGUGUACCCUAGAGUGCUGUUUGACGAUACUGUGUGUAUAUGGCACUAAAGAAAGCUGUAAAAGCCAGUUUCCAUGGUAGUGCACAGAGGUGUGUGUGGUUUCUUAUGUGUCAUGUAGAUACAGUCGGCCUACCACCAGCUGCUGCAGGCUAUUAUUCAUCCUAUGAGUCGUCUGUCUGUGCCGAAAUUCACUCUUUGAAGGGUGGAAAAAUUGAGUCAUUGUGAGGUCGCUUGUCGGAAAAUCUGUGAUUCAACAAAAUCAGAAAUUCAGUCGAGGGAUUUAAGGUCAAGCUGUGCGCUCUUGACUGUAACGGCAUACUGUAACGUGCUAUUUUUAGACACAGCAUUGAAGAGUCGUGAUUGUGGAGUAUGUUUAUGUGUGUAACUAAGCCACUAUUAGUGCGAAGCAUUUAUAUUGUGUACCAUCCGAGCAGAUGGUCCAUGUGGGCUAAAGGCAGCUGUUUCUUGUCUAAUAAGACUCGUCUGAGAACAGGAAAUAAAAGCUCGGCUGGUACAAAGCUAACAAGAAGAUCCAAAUGCCAAUGGUGUUUUCAGUCUCAGCGCUCUCAUGGUUCAAUAUCCCGGCAUUAGUUAGUAACCCUGGAGACUUAUAUGAUCAAAUUCCUCGUUUGAUCAUUCAAAACUUCAGGAUUAAGUCCAAGCUGUUGAUGCCUUUUUUUCUCAGGAGUGUUUACACAGUAGUUAACUUAAAUUUAUCAAGAAGGAUGACAGCAUAACACCAGGUUUCCAUUUUGAACUAGUUUUUAGCAUCUGCAGUUCAGACAGGGAACUUGUUUUGGUACAUUUUUGAUUAAUUUCUAAGUCUUUCUUACAUUUUGUUCCUGAUAAGCUCUUGACUUCAGGCUGCAAAAAUCUUUCCUUAUUUGCUGCUUCAUUUUGAUCUCAUGAAUCAAAAUGAAACAGCAGUCGGAGUCAUCAUAGCUUUUUAAAAAAAUUUUUAACCCAAAAGCCAUCAGAGGUGCAGAACUACAUUUUGGUUUUGUUUGAUGCACAAUGCUGAUGUGUUUUGCCACAGAUGUUGAGUCACUUCCUUGGCAGGUAGUGAUGUUGCACCACAAAUUGUUUCCAAAAUCUUAACCUGACACUCGAUGUUUGUUUAUUUGUGCUCUGUUGCUCUUCUGUGGCUCAACCCAAGAUAUAACAUGAUGGCUCUUUAGCAGCAAUGAUGCUGAGUUCAUAGUAGACCCAGGUUUCAAUACCCAACCAUGCUCCAGAGCUGGCUUUCAUUCAAAUCUUGCUUUUAUCCAGGGUUAAAAGAGUCAAAUUAAAGGUAACCUUGCUAAAUGAUUUACUCAGCCAACUCUCCAAAACUCAGAAAUAAUUUUUUACAACUGGAUAAACUUGAAAAAGCAGGAAGUCCUCAGUGAUAGGCAGAUCUCUACCUUGUAGCUUUCCCAGCAAACACCAGGUGGAGCCAGAGUUCAAACCAUAACUAGAUCCUUGAGCAGCCGCCUUCAGUGUAUAAUUAACUUUUAUUAAGGAGAGUUUUCUUCUCUAUCCAUCCUCUCCAGGUAGUAUAGCAGCCCUCUGGUGGGACCCCAUCCAGAGGCUGCUGUUUUCAGGGGCUGCAGACCACAGCGUCAUCAUGUGGGACAUCGGGGGCCGCAAAGGACGGACAUUACUGCUGCAGGGACACCAGUGAGUCCUUCAUUGUUUCUUCUUUGCACAGAUGCUGCUUUUGCGUGGUCUCCUCUGUUUGUUUCAGGGCUUCAAAAAUAGAUCACAGGAAAAAAGAGAUGGUGUCAUGAACAGCUGGCCCCCCAGGCUCUCCCUGUUUGUUUUUCUCCUCUUCAUACAUUUUUCAGCACUUCCUCUUCCCCCACCCAUCUUACAGGAAUCAUCAACAAAGCCCCUGUACAGUGAUGCGUGUCAGUACAAACCACCGCAGAUCCUUUUGAGCCCCAGAUUUACAGAGGAUUGUCUCUUAGAAAAACCACAAAAAUGAUUCUCAUGUGACUCUGACGGGCUCUUCUUCCUGUGUUGACUUGGUCUUCAUCAGUUCACUGUUUAUUUUUCACAUUCUCUUACCUUCCUCUUCUUCUAAUUUUACUAUUUUAUCAAACUAUAUUUGUAACAUUUAUGUAAAACACCCAAUAUGAAGAAGUGUUGGAAUGAUAUUUAAUAUUUUAGUGAAGUCAUUUAAUAGUUAAUUGGCUUUAUUUAGAGUUUAAUGUAGACUCUGUAUGAUAUUUGUUCAAGGAAAGGGGCCUCAGAUAGUACAUAGUGGUUUUUUUUUCUUUUAAAAUCAUAGAUUGAGAUGAAACUAUUAAAGUGCUCUGUCCUCUCUCUCUCUCCCUCAGUGAGCGUGUUCAGGCCCUACGCUACCUCCAGCUGACCAGACAGUUGUUAUCGUGCUCAGCCGAUGGAGUAAUGGCUGUUUGGAACAUGGACGCACAAAGAGAAGAGGUUUGCAGCGCUCUUAUGAAAUUAUCCCAUUUGCUUCUCUCCUUUUCAUCUCAGCUAUGCUCUUUGCACCGGGAGGAAGCUUCAUUUUGACAGCACUAGGAGAGUUCAUUUAGUAGGUGCAUGUUAAUGACUCAGAGUGACAUUUAAAAGUUCCUUUUUCUCUUUUUUUUCUCCCUUUUUAAAAAUCAAAAAGAUCAACUUACAUUUAUAACUUGUGACAUGAGCAGUUUUACACCUUGUUUCGACCUUGAUAAUUUGGGCUCAUAGGUCGUGAGGAUUAGCAAUCCAACAUGUCAUAUUAUCAGAGUAUUUCCAACUAAAAAAAAAAUUUAAACACAAUGAAAAUUCAAACUUCUGCUUAGUUAUACACUUCAUAUGUGGUUGGCUAUAGCUGGUCUGUAUUUUUGGGUUGGCUGUUACUCAUCAUCCUCUCUUUAAGUUUAGGUCAGGCUAGUUUGCUCGCCAGUUAAGAGCAGCACCAUGGUCAGCAAACCACUUGGUAGUAGUUUUGGCGCUGUGGGCAGGUGCACAGUCCAACUGGAAAGGGAAAUUAACAUCAAAAUCUCCUGGCAGACUUUAAGCUGCGUUAAACCUGGACUCAGUGGAGCAACACCAGCAGAUGACCUGACACCACAAAUAACCGUAGGCCGCUAAAAAACUCACAGUGGACUCCACACAGUUUGGAGCCUCUGCUAAAUUGCUGAAUUAACUUUCAUCUGAAAUCAGGACUUAAGAACUGUAAGCGAUAGUCCAGUCCUCUUACUCCUUUGCAGAAUGAAGACUCUGGUUCAGGAGUGUCUCUAUGUUAGGGAUUAUGGACAGUUGUAGUCUCUCUCCUGAGGAUGUCUGUGUUUGGUGGCUCUUGAUGCUCCGACUCCAGCUGAAAUUCAUGAAUGAACUUUUCAUGACGACCCUCUCAUGACUGCAGGGGUUCCUGUUGGUCACUUUUUCCUCAUAAACUUUUACCCUCCAGUCAAUUUUCCAUCAAUAUGCCCUGAAACGGCUCUCAGCCUUUACAACAGUGACUCCCUGUAGCUAACCCUCUUUAGGAAGGGUGUCCAUGAUUGUGCUCUGGACACCUGUUGAGUCGGCAGUCGUGAUUGUGGUUGUUUCUACUGAGUUAGACGAAUACAGUUUUAACCACAACAUAAAAUGAGAUGUUCUAAUGUUUAAGGUUCGAUAUUUUUUUACAUUUUUUGAGCUGUGGGACAAAACUAUCAAGAUUAAAUAGACAAAUGUUUGAAACAUUGAUGCUCCACCUGUGUUUCUUCUGCAAGUCUCAAAGUAGUCUUUACCGGCAUGUUCCUCUCUAGGCGCCUCAGUGGUCAGACAGCGAUUCUUGCCAGAAGUGUGAGCAGCCUUUCUUCUGGAACAUCAAGCAGAUGUGGGACACAAAGACCCUCGGGCUCAGACAGGUAGAACAGUCUUUCCUCUUUCUGAAAUCAGUCCACCGGUGAAUCAGCUGAUAUUUUGUGUAUUUCUUUAUCACUCAGCACCACUGCAGGAAGUGUGGAAAGGCCGUGUGUGGGAAGUGCAGCUCUAAACGCUCCACAUUCCCAAUCAUGGGUUUUGAGUUCCCGGUGCGGGUGUGUGAUGCGUGCUUCGACACCAUCAAAGAAGAAGAGUGAGUUCAGAGCUUUUCUUUCCUCUGGAUAAUACCAACAUUAUGAAUCAAUUUUGAAGUACAUGACAUUUCUCUUAUUAAACCCCACCUGUGUGUUUGUACGUGUCUUUGUGUAUGUGUCUCUGUGUGUGUGUGUGUGUGUGUGUGUGUGUGUGUGUGUGUGUGUGUGUGUGUGUGUGUGUGUGUGUGUGUGUGUGUGUGUGUGUGUGUGUGGUACAGUCGAACAGCACUGGCCACAUUCCACGAAGGGAAGCACAACAUCGCCCACAUGGACAUGGACCCAUCCAGAGGCCUGAUGGUCACUUGUGGAAGCGACCGCAUUGUUAAGGUGAACAACAGUUCUGUGAUAGCAGAUAAUUCAUGCAUGUAGUGUAGUUUAUCCCUCACAACAAUAACAAUAACAAACAAUAUCACAGACUCAUGUUUCUCUAGAGUCUGAAAUAAAUCACGGGCUUUAUCUCAUACUGCUAUUCAUGCAAAAAAUGAUUGAAGUUAAAAAAAAGUUAAAACUUGAAAGAAGUAAAAGAAAAACCAAAGAGUGUGAACUACUGUGAUGAAAACAUGUAAAUGUACCUUUUUAUGAUUAAUUAUUGAUUUCAAAUACCUGCCUUUAUAUAACCCUGUAUUACAGUGUUAUAGUUGUUUCUUUUACUUGAUUACUUACUAAAUAUACGUACAGACAUGAGACUGCUCAUUUAGGAAACCUAGAAUUAGCAUUAACCUCUAACCUCUGGUGUCAGUCUUCAGCUAAGCUGCCUCAGAGUCUAAUUAUUGCAGAUUAAUAACCUGAAAUUAUUGAAGCUUCGACAGUCCAGCACUCUGGAGUUUCGUUUGUUGAGUUCUGCUUUGAACCCCUCGCCUCUCCUCUUACUGUUAUUGGUUGUUUCUCUCCACAGAUCUGGGAUAUGACGCAGGUGGUUGGCUGUAGCUUAGCAACAGGCUUCUCUCCUCGCUGAUUGGCCUCGGGCUCACUACAUGGUCCUCCUCUCCCCCCACCUGCUCUGUGCUCCUCCCACUCUUCCAGUGUCAUGGAAACCCCUCUGUACAGUUAAUCUCCCGCUCUGCCGGAGACCUUCAGCCUGCUCUCGGUGAAUGUGUGUGUGUGUGUGUGUGUGUGUGUGUGAGUGUACGAGUGUGUGUGUGUGUGUGUUAAUGGUGCCGCCCCACACAUUCCUUUUGCUCCUCAUAAUGAAUUUUUCCUUAAUUUCUCUGUCAGUGAGCGCCUGAAGGUGUGUGACUGAUUUUCGCUUCGAUAUAAACAGAACCCUAAGCACAAAGGUGUGUGUGUACAUGUGUGCAUGUAUUGUGAUGAUUUCUCCUGUGGGAGGACUGCUAUUGAUAUUAAUGUUUAUAUUAUACAAAUAUUUCCAAUGCUUUUUCUGACAAAGGUCAUUUUUUAUUACCCUUGCACUGUAAAUUUCACUAAACUGCUGACCUGCCAUCCCUGUACAAACACUAGCCUGCUUCUUACUGUGACCCCUCAUCUGCAUAUUACUCAGUCACUGUAACAUGUACAAAACCCUGACCAUAUGUAUAUAAACACUUGCAUCAUGUGUAUUGUAGAUAGUUGCUUGAAUUAACUCUCACUGACCAGAGUGAGCAGCUUUUUUCCUUGUUUUCAGUUUCUUUCCUUUCACUAGUUGGCCUUAAAUCACUCUCAGGAGGUUUUACAUCACAGGGCAGGGGCUCAUCAUGUCACUUGUGACCAUUAUUCAUGUGUUAUCUCUCACUCAUAAGAACAGAUCCUUUGGAAAUCUCAUAUAACGUGAAAAACGAUGCUGCUGCAGCAGAUAUUUGAUGAGUUCAGGCUUGUUUGCAUGAGAGCUCAGACCCAGGAAACUGGCAUAUGUUGAGAAAGUAAACUUGACUCACAUGGGCGCAAUCAAACAGCCUGUCUCAGCAGCUGACUGUAUUCACUAGGGGGCCAUUUUCCACUGACGUCAUGCUCAGGGUAGGAAGCUCAAAUGCUGUCACAGAGUCCUACUUCUGUGCUUCAUGUGGUUUUUAGAUUGAUCAGGAGUCUCUGUAUAAAUAGGUGGUUGGCCUAGAACCCAAAUUACAGAGACUGUAGUCCUUAUCACAGCAGUCUGACUCCCAGCCAUGAGCAUUUACAGUCUGUUUUACGCUUUACUCCCCACUGUCUCAAUCAAAAAAGUAAAAAAUUAACCACAUUACAGAAAAGAAAAGGUUAGGCCUGAAAAUGGUCCCAAAAGUGAAGACAAAAUAUUGGAAGGUUCCCCCUACUGGCUGGUUGCGGUUAUAAAACCCACCUCCAUCACAUGCCACAAACUAGAAAAUCAAAAUAUACACAGAGUUUUUUCUUGAUCAUGGUUUCUGUGAUUCUGUGAUACAGGAAGUGGAGAAUUUGGCUUUUGACAACCAUGACUAAUAUCUAAGAAAAAUCUCACAAAACAGUCAGAGUUAAACUCAGUUUAUUCAGCAUGGCAAAAACUGGAGCAGAAACUGCAGGUGAAUUAUGGAAAAACUGGUUUGUGGUGUGUCGCUUAUGUGAGUAGAGCUCUCAUCAACUGUGGUCCGCCUGUUGGUUAAACAUUGCACAGUGGUACAGCUCAGACACAGUCUAUGGCAUAUCUGGCCUACAAUGUAAAAAAUGUUUCUAUUUUAAUUAACUGGCUCAAACAACUAAUUAAUUUAGUUACCAGGUUGUACUUGGACCUGACACCACAAAUAACCAUAACCACCUUGGUUACCAACGUUAACCAAGUUUGCUAAUUUGUGAGUAAUGAAAAAUAUGAAGAUCGUCAAAUUCUCUGCACUGAAAACAUACUAAUAAGAACAGAGUUAAGAGACAUAAUGAAAAAAAUUAGAGCUGCAAGAUUUCCAGUGGAAAAUGGCUGCGAUGUGGAUACGUUGGACUUAAGUUACCACAGUAUGGAAGCCCUGAAAGGCAAAUAACAAAAGUCAGCCUGUUCUCAAUUUGGCUUUUUCCAAAAACGCUGACAAAGUAUGUGUUUAACCUUUGCACAUGUUGUCAAAACUCUCCGAUUAUUUAUACAAAACACACAACAAACUUAAUCUGCCCUGGUUGUGUGUGGAGUACAUGAGAGUUAAAUUAAAACUUCUAUCAAGAACAUUGGCUGGUGGGAGUGGUGCCUCUUGUGGCUGAACUAAGUAUUAUGGGUACAAACACAUUAAAUAAAUUUUCUUGAAUUUUCAAAUAUAUUUGAUCUUUUUGCCUCUCAGGGCCACCAUACAGAUCUUAUUUUUAGAGGGAAAUGCUUUAGAAAAAAUCCAUUAUCACCACCUCCUAGAAAUGUAUCACUCGCAAACACAUAAACAAAAAAGAAAUAAAAUCAUGCAGGCAGAUACCACAGGACAUGAUUGUAAAAAACCAAUACUCUGAUGCCUCCUAUAAGAGUUCUAUAUUUUCUUGAGUGGGAAUAUCAGGUUUUGUGGUGCGAAAUUUCUCCCCAUUGAAAGGCACUUAUCAGAAAGGCUCUCUAAGUAAAUGUAGCACUAAAAGCUGAAUCGCGCUGCCUGUGCUCCUUCAAAAGCCUUAAAGAGAGAAGGACAUGCUCACAAAGCCUUUUUAGUGUAUUUGUUUUCAGUGCGUACGACUGUUCACUCACUCAUUCACUCACCUCUUUGUGAAGCUUCCUUUCAGCCUGUAUUGUGUUUAAAAUUCAGCUCUCCUGCCCCCCACACAUCUGUGCAUCAAGGAUGUCUCUCAUCAACACUGCACUGAAUUGCACAACUCUUUGUCUGCGACUCUGAAUUUCAGAACAUUUUUGUAAGUUCAUAUUUGGGAGGGAUAAUUCCUUGAUUUGAUGUAGCGUCUUUGUACAUAGCAGCUAGUAUCUUCUAAUGUUAGACUAACGCUUGCCUUAUUGUGAGUGAGGAAAUGAGCAUUAUAAUGUAUGAUUUCCAAAAUGUAGCCACAUUCCAGGUUUUUGAUCAUGUAGUGUAUAUUUAUAUUUGUAGUAAAGUAUUUAUCUGUUAUCAUUGAAUGUGGUCGUUUACUUUUCUUUUCCUUCCUAGUUUUAACAAACAUUAUUUAAAAACCCUUUUAUUGAAGCACAUGCAAACGCACAUCAUCUAGUAUUUACAUCAUCAGCUUCACAGAUAGACAACAAUAAUGAAACAUUAAACUAUGGAAACUAUUUGAGUUUGAGGGAAAUUGAGCGUGUGAAAGUUAAUAAAGUGCAGAAAUGUUACUGAUCUCUAAUUGAAAUAUGUAAUAAAACCUGCAGAAAUCUUCUUUUUGAUGCUCAAGUGCUGCAAAACAACCUGGUAACACUGCGAAGGAACAUUGCUUUAUGCAGCUCAUCCAGUCAGGAGGAGCUGACUAUUUUUACUAUCUCUGAACGAAAUGAGCUGGAUACAAGGUCUGAAUAAUUGGUGCCUCGAGCUAGAGAAGCUUAACUGAAGGAUCUCGAUGGUUUAAUUAGCCUUCAAAUUCCUCUGUGGACGCAUCAGUUGCAGGAAAAUAACUGUGCUGUGCUGUUAGAACAUCAUGAUUUAAAAAUGAGCUUUUACUGUGAAGCUGAUGUAAUUGAUUAAAUAACCCCACUAACUAUGAGUCUCUGUUUGCACAGACAUUGUAGAAAAUACUAUGUCCAGUUUGCGUCACGUAACUAUGAUAGCAACAUUAGAGUAUUUAGUAGUAAUAGUAUAAGACAGACUGUUAGACCAUCCUUCUCCAGAACAGACACGAUUUCCUGUACAAGCUUUCAGAGGCCUUCAGUACAGUUUUGACCCGAGGUCCAGCUCCAUAUUUUAUAUUUCAAAACUCACCAGAGUGUAAAAGUGCAUCACAACUUAGAGAGUAAUAUCUGAAGUUCAAAUUCACAGUUUAGAGAAUGAUUUUCCUCUGUAACGAUGUUAUCAUAAAGCCUUAGCGCUCCUGUGUACUCCAGUUUGGGUUGAUUUUGGCGCCCCCUGUGGACAAAAAUGUACAUUUGAUCUUUUCCCUGAUUUUGUUCUGCUCAUGUGUACCUUCUGCUUCUUCCCAAAAACUUAUCUUAGUCUCUUUUAAAGUCCGAUGUAUAACUAAAAAAAGUCUUAAACAUGGAACAUGUAAGAAAAUCAGACACUUACCCCCUGCCAAUAGUUUCAGCCUUCAAGUCUCUCUGCUUAUUCUUUUUUUAGCAGUUUUAGGACAAAAAGAGAAAUCUGUAUUAAUUUUGGUAUGAUUCGUGACCAGCUAAAAAGUUCUCAAAAGAAGCUUUUAUAUGUUUUUAAGGCUUUGAGCUGAUCCAUAGUUCCCCUAAGUGGCUGACUGACUAUUUCUGAGCACAAAAAAACAACAGCCCUAAAAUACAACCUUUACUCAUAAGAUAAUUGCUUUGUUCUUAUCACAUAAUAACUUUUUUUCUUGAUGUUUGUCCCUAAUAUGGUCAUUUUUCGCCUAUUGUUGAAAAAGCCAGCAACCGAACCACUUUCUCAAAUUUUCAUCUAUCUUGAGACUGUAUGUACAGGACUGGAAUGAAUGUGAGUUUGUUGUUGGCUUUGGAAACACAGGUCCCAUUGAAAAAUCCAGAGUUAACAAAAUUAUUGAAGCUCAUUCAUGUUUAAGUUCCCUGAAUACUACUGAACUUUUAGAAAAUGGCAACUUCAAAUGUCACAACCCAACUUAUGUCAUAAAGCCACACUGGGAUCAACAGGGUAACAGAGGAAGCUGCUGUACAGUCAGUGUCGUAGAUUUUCAUCCUGUCUGUCCUGGUUCUUCGGCCAGAGGACGAGAUAGUGGAUUUCUGCUGUUUGAUAUUUUCUUUGAUGCUGUUUUUAGACCCUUUUUCUUUCCAGAUCAACUCUUGGUAAAAAAUUGCCUGAAACACCUUCAUCUCAAACUCUUCUCCAUUAAAUUCCUUAGUCUAACUUGUUUUUUUUCCGGCUGCUUGUAAAAGUCACUCACUGUUCCAACAUGUUGUUGCUAAUGAAUAUCUAAAAAAAAUGUAUUUUUAAACACUUUUGUUGACAAUACAGUAAAUACAUUACUGACUUUGGUCUCUCUGUGCGCUCUGUCCAAGAGAGAAAAUACUCAAUGCUUAAUAAAGACCAACUGGUAUGUUUUUUC